UAAUGGCGGCUCCCAUGUCCUGCAGGAGGUUGAUCCAGUCCGUGUACUCCCCGGCCAUGGCCGGCGUGUUUACCCGCAUAACGGACCGGCUGUUCCGCAUCCGGGACCGGAGACGAGGGUCGUCGGUUCUGCUGCUGGCUCCCCUCCUCGCUGAAACGGACCCGACCCCGAGCCGCGUCUCCAGGCCCACCGGGUCGGCCGGAGCUCAGGGAACGGACAACGUCUGCACCCACUUCAGAUGGAUGGAGGAGCAGGUCCCGGCCUUCCGGGUGCCGGGAGCCCACGUUCACAUUCUGACGUCCCCGGACCAGUUCUACCAGGCUAUGAAGGCGCGCAUCAGGACUGCUCAGAAGCGAGUGGUGAUGGCCUCGUUGUAUCUGGGAACAGGUCAGCUGGAGCAAGAGCUGGUGGACUGCAUGGAGGAAGCUCUCCAGCGCUCCAAGGACAGCGGUCACUCCCCCGACCUGAAGGUCUCCGUGCUGCUGGACUACACGCGCGGAUCUCGAGGGCAGGUCAACUCGAGGACCAUGCUGCUGCCCCUGCUGCAGCGCUUCACGUCCCAGAUGCGGGUGUCUCUGUACCACACGCCGGACCUGAGGGGUCUGCUGCGGCUGCUGGUCCCCGAGCGCUUCAACGAGACCAUCGGAGUCCAGCACAUCAAAGUCUACUUGUUUGACAACAGCAUCAUCAUCAGCGGAGCCAACCUGAGUGACUCGUACUUCACCAACAGACAGGACCGCUACGUGCUGCUGGAGAACUGCAAGGAGGUGGCGGACUUCUUCACCGAGCUGGUGGAGGCCGUGGGGGACAUUUCCCUGCAGCUGCAGCCCGACGACUCGGUCACCAUGCUGGAGGGCAUGGUGCACCCGUACAAAGGCAACCGGCAGGACUUCUCGGCAGCGGGGAGGAAGCGCAUCAUGGAGGUCAUGAACACGGCCCACAUGAGGCAGCAGCUGCUGCGCUGCUCGGAGGACUCUGGGGACGAGGGCCUGAGCGACGGGGAGGACGACACGUGGGUGUUCCCUCUGGUGCAGAUGAAACCUCUGGGCAUCCAGGUGGACGAGCAGGUCACAGAGCGCCUGCUGACGGACGCCGGGCCGGACUCCACUGUGUACCUGACGUCGGGCUACUUCAACCUGACGCAGGCGUACAUGCAGCUGGUGCUCGGGGUCGGCGCCAGCUUCCGCAUCCUCACCGCCUCCCCGGAGGUCAACGGGUUCUUCGGGGCCAAGGGCGUCGCCGGAGCCAUCCCCGCCGCCUACAUUCACAUCGCCAGGCAGUUUUACAACCAGGUGUGCCGGCGGGGCCAGCAGGAGCGGGUGCACCUGCACGAGUACCACCGGCUGCAGUGGACGUUCCACGCCAAAGGUCUGUGGUAUUACCUCCGGGGGCAGGAUCGGCCUUGCCUCACUCUAAUUGGCUCCCCUAAUUUCGGUUACCGCUCGGUUCACCGUGACCUGGAGGCCCAGAUCGCCAUAGUAACAGAGAACGAGGAGCUGCAGAGCCAGCUGCAGGAGGAGCAGGAGAUGUUGUACCAGCGCUCCGCGGAAGUGUCCAACUCCACGUUUGAGCGGCCCGACCGCCACGUCAAGCUGUGGGUGAAGCUGGUCACUCCCCUCAUCAAGAACUUCUUCUGAGACCCCGGCAGGCAGGUUGCUUCAGCCCUGUAUUUAAGGUCGACGGGGAGGUGGUCCCGCUCCAUCAGAAGAAAACCCCGAUGCACCUGAUUGGCAUCGGCGUGCCGAGACUCGACGUCUGCAGCGUCACUUCCUCAGCGGUGUCACAGGAAGAGACUCAUUAACACGCAGGAGGGAUAUCUGUCGUGAGUUUAGGGGUAAAGCCUCUUUAUUUCAGCUCUGUACCUGGUUUACUCCAUUUUAUUUUCUACAUUUUAACGAUGGACUAAAUCACACUGGAUUUCUGGUUCUGUUGUGGUAGUUAAAAAAGCAAACAAAACCUCUUAUUGUACAAGCACCUCCACAAGAACUGAUGUUACAUGGAUGAAAGCUACAGGAGGACUGGUGAACGUCUGCGAUGAGAUGAAGGCUGUGAUGGUAAACGGACGGGCGUGGUGGAGCGCUGCAGUCCCUCGAGGAGCCUUAAUAACAGCUCUGCCAGUGUGUUUACAGCUCUGCCUACAACACUGUGUACCGUUAUGUCUUCUGUUUGUAAAUUAAAGGAAGAUGUGAGUUUUUGUGACUUCAAAUUUACACCAAAGAACGUUAUUUAAAGCUGCAAUGGGCAAUAUUUUGGAUGUCAAGAACGGAUAAGAUGACUAACUUGAA